AUGCUGAGCAGAGUUCCGAGCCAAAUCGGGAAGCAAAGCCAAAAAAGUAUUGCAGUUUUGUCGGCUCUUUCGUUACAAGUGGGUCCCAAGAAUUUUGUCAUCGGGCCGCCAUCGUGGCCGCCGUCGCAGUCGCCGGUGUCGCCUCCCAGCCCACGGAAGCCGCCACCGUCGGCCGCCACGGAAAGCGUCGAUUCUUUAAAAACUUCCGGCCCUCUUACAAAACCCCGGAACUCGCCUAGCAUCGCAGACGCACUUCCGAUUGCCACGCGUAAGCCCGCCGUCAUUCGAAUGAAUUGCCUGCGGCGUUACGUCGGAAUUUUGCGUUUCGGGGAAGGAAUGCGUGGGCAAAUGCCCUCGGGGCUCACGUUUCGAAAUUCCUGCGUGCAGAACUUUAGUCAAUGCUGCUGCAUGCGCGUUGAGGCGGAAUUUGGCCGCGGGUUCCUUCCUUCCGGUUCUGUGCAGAGGCGAGCAAAUAACGAACCACAGCACAUAACGACAUUGACUGCAACAAUGGCCAUUCACUCAAGUAGUGUGGAUUCCCCGGGGUCUCAACCCCAAACAGAUGGGUUUGACACUUCCUUGGGCCCACGUCGACUCCAUCAAGAACGAGCCAAUGAUGAUUUUGACAAUGUUUCAAGUGAGCCCAUUGUGAUGGCGACGUCGACGAGUGAAGUUUCUUUGGCAUUUGGGUCUUCGGAACCAUUUCCUCGACUUCCGGAUCAGAAUUCAGACUUGGUUGAAAACGGGCUGCAGUUGAAGAGGACAUUUUCCGUGGGUCUGUUGCACGUUGAUGCUGAGGAUGUCGUUGUGCGGAUUCAGCAACCGGACCUUCAACAAAGUCGUUCGCAAUCAGCAGAAGGCAGCAACAGCAGAACGGAAACAUUAUUUUUCAACCCUGAAAUGAUGAAUCAAUUUCGCGGAAUGCAGGACGGGGAGAUUCUUGUUGAAGACAUUCGUCAGCCGUCGUUUGGUUCGAAAUCCAAA